AUCUAGGCUCAUCUGUGGAUCUAGAUAUAUGUAGUUUAAGAUUAGGUGUCACAGUUAAAUAAAAUGAGGUGAUGGAGAUGCACCCAAAGUCGGAUAUAUCCAAUCCAGUAUUGAAUAAAUACCGACGUUGAUAACUUAGUAAGUAACUGGCGUUUAGGGAUUUUUUGUUGACGCAGAUCAUGGCCGGCUACAAAAUGGCGACCUCGUUUCAUUGGGACAAUGUAAUCAAGUAAAAUUUCUAUUGAUAUUGCUUCAUCACCGCUUGUGACAUGUAAAUAUCGAUGGAGCGAUCAUUGUCUUUGUAAGAGAUAAGUUUUCCAACCUGUCGAAUUAACGACCAGUAUAAUCUUCAAUGAGUGACUAAUAAAUACGUCUGAUAGCAUGUCUGCAAUGGCUGACGACUCUGCCUCUAUGCCUAAAAGGCGUCAAUUGCGGGAAAGGACGAGAAAACUGUACACCGAUGACUGGACAAUUGGUGAUGAAGACAUUGAGGGCAGGAGAACAUUUCAACUUGAUGAGAAGAUUGAGUGUGAGAGAUAUAAUCUCAGCAAUUUUGCCGGACUCUUUCGAGAGAUGUCCGGGUCAGAGCUCACUUUAGCAUACCUGCAAAAACAUGGUUUGGGCAUACCAUUGCUGUUUAGAGACAAGGCUGGCCUCGGACUACGAGUUCCAAGCUCCAACUUCACUAUUAAUGAUGUUAGGACCUGUGUGGGAUCUAAGAGAACCUUAGAUGUUAUGGAUGUUAAUACACAGAAAAAUGAAGACAUGUCAAUGAAGGAUUGGCAGAGAUACUAUGAAGAAACAAAUAAGGACCGUCUUCUAAAUGUUAUUUCUUUGGAAUUCAGCCAUACCAAGCUAGAAAAUUAUGUUCAAUCACCAACGCUAGUAAGACAAAUAGAUUGGGUUGAUGUUGUUUGGCCACGGCACUUGAAGGAGGCUCAAGUUGAAGCAACAAAUCUCUUGGAAGAUAUGAUGUAUCCAAAAGUACAAAAAUACUGUUUAAUGUCAGUGAAGGGUUGUUAUACAGAUUUUCAUGUCGAUUUUGGAGGUACUAGUGUUUGGUAUCACAUCCUUCGCGGUGGAAAAAUAUUUUGGUUAAUCCCACCUACAGAGAAAAAUUUGGCUUUAUAUCAAGAGUGGGUGUUGAGUGGAAAACAAUCAGAUGUCUUCUUUGGAGAUAUGGUAGAUAGAUGUGGAAGAAUAUCACUCACUGCAGGAAUGACAUUAUUUAUCCCAACUGGUUGGAUUCAUGCUGUGUAUACACCACAAGAUUCUUUAGUUUUUGGUGGGAACUUCCUUCACAGUUUUGGUAUUGAAAAACAACUGAAAGUUGCACAAGUUGAGGAACAUACAAAAGUCCCACAAAAAUUCCGUUACCCAUUCUUCACUGAAAUGCUGUGGUAUGUUCUAGAGAGGUACGUCCAUGUCCUCCUAGGUCGAAGUCAUUUGGAUAUUCCAGAGUCACAACAUCAGCAUCUUGUUCCACAACACCACCAACAUAUUCAUUUAACACCAUUCGAACUACAUGGUUUAAAGUCGAUUGUAAUGUAUCUGCAUUCGUUGCCUUCUACCAAAAAGAAUGUACCCGAUUUAAUACGCGAUCCUGUGGCCUUAAUUCACGAUGUACGGUGCCUAGUGGAACAACAUCGUCAUGAUAAUCCAGAUGCUGCAGUAACUGGAAACCCAGUUUUACCUCCACCUCCACCAAUGACUAUAGCUGAACGAGAACGCCUGAAAGCAGCAAAGAAAACUUAUACUAAAAUGCAGAGGCAGCAAUCUCUUGAGAAGUUUGAAAAUCUAAAAGAAAGCGGAAGGUCGACAUUCCCUAGAAGAAGACGUACUAGAUGUAAAAAAUGCGAAGCAUGUACGCGAUCUGAUUGCGGAGAAUGUGUUUAUUGUCAAGAUAUGGUCAAAUUUGGAGGGAGUGGUCGUGCAAAGCAGACAUGUUUAAUGAGGCAAUGUCUCAGACCUAUGCUACCUGUUACUGCAGCCUGUAAAGUUUGCCAUUUGGAUGGUUGGGGGCAACAACCGUCACCCCUUAUGGGUAAGCCGACACCAGUAACGCCGUCCAGUUUGCUUGAGUGUUCAGUGUGCUUUGACAUCAUUCAUCCGGAGUGCGUGGGACUAGAUCCUCAAAGGAUAGCAACCAGCGAGGAUCUUCCAAAUAGUUGGGAAUGUCCGCAGUGUUGCGAAAGUGGGCGCAAUUUAGAUUACAGACCUCGACAGCCGAAAGCAAGGGCUCGAAAGAUUUCUGUUUCCAGUGCAGCUUCAUCUGCUCCCACAACUGAUUCUGAGAGAGCCACAACACCAAGUAAACGAACCAGGCCUCACGCAACUGAAGCAUGGAGCGAUAGAGAGCCAGCAGAGGGCGAACAAAAAACAGCUCUGCGUACACAAUUAGCGAUACAAUUAACCGGUUCAUCUAACAAGACAUUAAAAAGACCGAGUGUGGUCGUAAGGCCUGUACAACUUCAAUCCCCGGUUCAACGACUGGGAACCGAUCUCAAUGGGCAGUCCCUAGUUUACAACAAGAUCGUUUUAUUAUCGAUCUUUAGGUAUUUAAGUAUAAAGGACUUGGCGAAUUGUGCCUUGGUUUGUCGAACCUGGGCGAUAUGCACCGUUGACCCAAAUCUUUGGAAGAAACUCGACAUGUCUCAUUGCCACCUGACACCUAAUCACCUAACAGGCAUUGCUAGACGUCAACCAGGAAAUCUAUCUUUGGACUGGACGUGUGUUACCAAGGGGCAAUUGGCUUGGUUACUUAACAGGUUACCACAACUGCGCACCCUGUCUCUGCAAGGUUGUACCUGGACUGGCGUUUGUGCUCUGCGAACCUGUUCCUGUCCACCUCUUGUUUCGCUGGACCUAAGUAACGUCGCUGGAUUAAACGAUUCUAGUUUAAGAGAGAUUCUUAGUCCACCUGCGGAUUCCAGGCCGGGACUGGUGGACAAGACCUCUAGGUUGAAACAUCUUAAGAGUCUCUCGCUGGCGGGAUGCGACAUAACCGACGUAGCUCUUCGUUACAUAGCACUGCACCUACCUUUUUUGGAGACGUUGAAUCUUUCCUCUUGUGGACGUGUCACCGACGCCGGUGUAGCUCAAUUGGCCACUGCACCUGCACAAGCAAUUAAUAAUCUAGAAUCUUUGAAUUUGUCGAACUGCAGGUUACUUACGGAGGUUACCCUAGACCAUCUUACUAAGUGUAAAGUGCUCAAACGAUUGGACCUGAGACAUACUACUCAGGUAUCAACGCAAUCUGUUAUUAAAUUUGCUGCGCGAAGUGUUCACAACUUGCACGUGACAGAUGUGAAAUUAGUUGAAGAGAAGAAGUUGAAGGUGGAAGCUAAGGUUACAUGAGAAACUCGCGUGUUUUGCUGUGAAAACUUUCCAUAUGUGCAAUUUUGUUUAAUACAAGUUGGAACUGAUAAACAGACUUUAAUAGUCAAAUUGAACCAGUUAACAUCACUUAUAUUAUCGCAGUCGGUAACAUUCGUCAUAAACAGCAUUUCCAAUUUAUAUGUUGCUGACGAUAAACUGAUCGAAAAAAGAUGAUGGUGAAAGUUAAACUAAUAUAAAAUAAUAUGAUAUAUUGGCACAAGCGUUGGUCGUGUGUCAUUCCGUAUAGUGGAAACUGGGACUCAUAUGCUGACUGUAAUCGAUCGGUUGUUAAAAUCACCUAUUUAUUUAUAUUAACAACAACCAACAGGAAUUAUUUCUCAGUUUCUACUACUACCUGAAAGGCAAGUUGCUGAACAGCGUUGUGAAAUAUGCACGUAAAUGUUGCGAUUGUUGCAAGAAAUAAGCUUUCUUUGCAUUGUAAUAUGGCACAUUUUAACAUCUUAAUGUACAGUUAACAAAUUAGAAGUCUUCCUUUAAUAGGGAACUGAAAUGUUCUCCAUUACGUUAAGGUAUCAAAGACGUGAACUUAUUUGUUGCAUUUGAUAUUGAUAAAAUUGGUUUCAGUAUUUUCAGGUGUACGUUUUUAUGUUUAAUUGCGCCCGUGUCUAAUUGUAUUCCGAAUGAUUCGAUGGAGGCUGUGGUACUCGAAUAUAAGGUCUUAAAUUAUAGCCUAAACACGUGUUAGAUAUUACAAAUUGACGCCUCCGAUGGAUAGAACAAUAUUUAUUUGUAUGAAAAUUUAAAAAAUAGAGAUUACUAAAUAUCUAAUCCCGAGGCCAGUAAACUUGUAAUUAACAUUUUAGUUCAUUACCUAAGAUACACGUUUAUUUGAGUUCAAUAUGAUCUCGAAGAGUGUCAGUAUUUGUAUUCAAGUAUGUUGCUUUGAUAAUUCGGUUCAUGUGACGAGAGAUAUUUAAAGAUUUUUAAAUAAUAUCAACUGACGUCACAACUAAUUUGCUGUCAGCGCCCAAAAAAACUAUAACGCAAAUUUUAUCCGUGAAUCACCAACUAAUGGUGUAUUGUAAAAUGUUACGUAACGUUUAUUAAUAUUCAAAGAAUUAAUUUAGUGCAUCACAAAGCAUUUAUAUCAUUUCCUUUAGUACUGUCUAACUUGCAAGUCCACUUCUUAAAUAAGAUGCAUCGAUUUACACUAAACUGGGAUCGAACCUUUCCAAGAAUUUGUUACAGUGGCAGUACUUAUCAUAUUUAUAUGAAACGUUUACAAAACGAAACUGUCUAUGUAUAAAUUAUACAUGUGAACGUUAAAUUAAAAAAUACUACAAUAUAUGUACAACGGAGUUUUGAGCACGCAAGAAAUCGAACACUAGCAUCGUGUGAUUUAAUAUGCACAUGUCAUACAUGUAUGAACGGCAAAUUUAACGCGGCAUUGCUUAGUUUGUCAAUGAAAAUAUUAAGUUAAGCCUACAUGCUUUAUUCAAUAUUUUAUUGCUUGUAACACAUAAACAUACUUUGACCGUCGUGAUUAACCUGUAUGCAUUCCUCAGCUUCCACAUCGCUUACUGCCAUCGGAUUCAAAUGAUGAUUAAAUGAGAAGAACAUAGUACCAUCACAAAUUUGUUUAAGUAAUUAAUAUUUAGGUAAUUAAAACCCAAGCAGAAAAAUAUGAAAAAAAGAAAGUAAGGUCUCGUCUAAAUAGACCCGAAGGAGACAUGAAGGUUGAAAUGAUGAGAAAGUUCAUUGAAGUUCCUACUCACUAGCCAAUCUGGGCGUUCGACAACUGCCGUUUCAAAUUAAUAAACUAACAAAGUUACAUGGCAAUUUUAUUAUUUAAUAAUUAGGACUAUCUUAAAUGUAUUUAUUUACAUUUACUACAAACUACCUUGCUUAGAUACAUAAAUCUACAACUGUUAAACGUGCUCAAAUCUUAUUUGCUUGCAACAAAUAUAAUUGCGGAAAUCUAACUAUUCAUGUCUUCAGAAUGUCAAAUAACAUUGGAAAAAGUAUAAUUCAAUAGGUCAAUAAAUACGCAUUUAUGACUAUAGUUUGCCCGUUGCUCAUGUAUGUACUAAACCGUAAAAUCAAUUGUGCUAUAAUAAUUCGAUGCGUUUAUUUAUUUUAUUAUGGUUUGUUUAGUGUUUUAUUUUACAAGUCAUUCAUUCUAACAUGCUCUAUUACUCGUGUGCUCAACUAGUAUAUGCGUCAUCAGUUCGGUCAUAAUCUUUUCUGUACACCAUUAAAGUACAUAUAUUGAUUA